AUGCAAAGACGGAAAGAUAAAGUUAAAGAUAAGCCGGUCCCAGACCCGUACAGAGAGUACUUGGACGCUGAGUCCACCGACGAGGAGGAAGGCAAAGGAGACGAAGAAAAGGAGGUCGAGGCAGAAUUAAGAGCGGACUAUACGAGUGAAGAAUUGAAUGAAUUGGUACACCGUGUAAAAGGUAUGACGACACUGAGUGGAUUGUCGAAGAAGGAUUGGACGUAUCAGUGUCAUCUGAUUAUUCAAGAGUUCUUUGAAAACCCAAAGCACCGCGUGCUCUGCAUAUACUACGAAGCUAGGAACAAUAUACCAACAGCCUUGCUGUCUUUUCCGUUGACACCGGUAUACGAACUCUGCUACUUCGUCCGAAAACCUAACGAGAUAUUUCGCUUGGACAACUUCCAUGACACCAUUGCGUUUGGUUCAUUCAACUGGAACGUCGAACAUUAUAUUCUCAACAUUGUUCAAAAUGUUCUGUCACCGAUCUUUUCCAAAAUCGAGACAUGGCCCGAAAUAUUCAACUUGACCGAUUUCACGUACAAAAUGCUGGGCUUAACUGUGAUAUAUGUACCUGUCUUGAGUAAAGAGCUCACCGCCGAGAAAGGCAGCACCGAUAAGGAUUUAGUUAAACAGCUCGAGAAUGUGGUGAGUCAUUGGACCACUCAAAUCAAACUAACCCUCAUCGAUGAGGAAGAAACAGAUCUGCAACAACUUCUUUCCCUUGAUGACGAAUACGAUUUCUGGAUCUAUAGAUAUGAUAAUCUCUAUGGAUUAAAUUAUCAAGUUCACAAGCAUAUGGUUGAACGUAUCAUAAAUAUAUUAAUGUUAACCCAAUCAACUUAUGUGCAUCAAUUUCUCACAUUACGAGAAGACAUAGAAUUGGGAAUCAUUAAAGCUAGAUCGAACAUUGAGUAUUUGUCACUUCUGAAGGAAGCUUGCAGGAAAUUAAAGCAAUGCACAACACCAGAAGGAUUAACUCCGGUUCUACCGAAAAUUAUACAUCUCUGUAGAACUAUCUGGUUAAAUUCGCCUUACUACAAUACCACCGAGAAAAUGACUAAUCUGUUCACUACAUUGAGCAACGAUAUCAUUAUAAUCUGUCGGAAUUUAAUCGACCUUCGGCAAGUAUUCAAAGGGAAAACUCGUGCCAGCAUCCAAAUGUUCUCCGAUUGUAUUCGUGUUUGCGAAGAUUACAAGAAACUUUAUAUUCAAAUUUCAAAUGCCCAUAAUAUGUACACCAAAUAUCCAUGGAAAUUAGACAUCGAUAACAUUUUUUAUCAUAUAAACAUUUUUAUCGAAAGAUGCCAAGACAUGAUAGUCAUCUGCAAUGCGAUGAUAGACUUUGCCAGAAUGGACGAAACAACUAACAUUCUAAGACCAAAGUUUGUUGGAACCAAGGGAGAAGAACACGGUAGAGCCUGUCAAAAGAUCGAAAGACUCUUUCUCGAGAGUUUACAGAAAAUCGAAGUAAACUCUCAUAAAAUAUUCGAUGUGCUGCACGUCGCCUGGCAGAACAUUAUGUCUGUCUUUCGCAACGAAGUCAGAGAAUUGGAGAUAAUAAUCGAGAACUUGAUAGCAACCGUCUUCGUCGACAUGAAUAACGUGCAAGAGGGUAUCGAGAAUCUCCAUGGAUUUUACAAUUAUAUGAACAGAGAGGAACUACAGGAGCUCUUCAAUAAUAAGACUAUGGAGGUAUGGAAAAUGUUCGACAAUGAUAUUCAGUUUACAAAGCAAGAUAUCUUAAAUUAUAAACAAAAAUAUUCAUCGAUGAUGCCGCAUUACUCCGGCAAAGCAUUGGUCCUGGAACAAAAAGCAUAUAAUUUGAAAAGAAUGAAAAAAAUGAUGGAAGAAGCUGAAUGGAUGCCAUAUUGUUCCAUGAAAUUUGAGAUCUUCAAUCAGUGCGAAAUCCUUAUAAAGUCAAUCGAAGACUUAAUAAAGAAUCUCCAUAACGAAUGGAUCGAAGAAUCUGGUGAAAAUCCACGCACUCAUCUCGAUCGAUACUUAAUGAAACGCCAUGCACAAUUUCCCCUGUUACUCGACUGUAAUAUGGAUUCUUUUAUAUUAAACCUUUGCCGAGAAUGCGAUAGUUGGAUAAAUCUUCGAUUCCAUAUACCGAUCCAAAUGACUGUUAUACAUGUUAAAAAGGACAUAAUCUUUUUUACUUACGAAGGUAUCCUUGCAGUGAUCCAUACUUACAACAAAAUCAUGGAAGCAUUGUCCGACAGAGAACGUGAACUGUUUCGAGAAUUAAUCCGGAGGGUCGACGGACAGAUCAAUCCUGGCUUAAAUAGACUAACGUGGAACACGGAGAACAUCGAAAAUUACAUUGAAGAUUGCUACGAUGAAGCCAGAAAUCUCUUUGAAUUCAUUAAUGUUUAUAAGAAAGCCAAUACUGAGAUAGUAAAGAUAUGCGAGAAUAUUUGCGAAUUGUCGAUGAUCAAGUUAAAACCGAAUUAUGCGUACACCUUGUCGGAAUUGCAGGAGGAACUUGUAAACGUGAGGGAUGCGGUUACUGCCAAUAUACUUACAAAGUACAACAUGAUAGUUCAAUACAUCAUGGUGGUCUUCAACGGAUUUAAAGGAGUAAUCCAUGACAUAUUAAAGGAGUGGCAACAAUAUUUGGCCCAAUUCGAUAUAGUAAUUCAGAAAACACUGAGAUUAUGCCUUAUAAAUUCUAUGAAUGUCAUGUAUAAGGCCCUUCACGGAAACGGGACGGCAGGACCAUCUCCUCUUCUACUGGUGCAACUGGAGUUGCUCAACAAUAAGAUACACUUCACACCAAACCUGUCGGAUAUCGCCACAACCUUAUCGAACAUUUUCAACCACCUAUUAACACCGAUUAAGGACAUCCAACGAUUAACCGUAAAGUUCAAUGUUCCCAUUAAAGAUUUAAAAUCUUAUUGGACUAAUUACGAGAAGGACGAAGAACUUAAUCAUUAUCAACAAUUGCUUAACAAUGAGAUGAAUCAUUGUUUUUCCCAAAUAAAAACAUAUCUUAAAACGUGGGAAUCUUUCAAGGACGUCUGGGAAGUCAAUAAGGAUAUUUUCAUUCAUAGAUAUGAAAAGCUGAAACCAACGGCUACAUCUUUCGAUUCUGAUAUUAACAAUUACGCGAAUAUUGGAUUCAAUGUCGAACUUCAAGAGACCGUGAUGACCAUACAUUUUCUCGAUGUAAAUUGCGAUAGUUUAAAAAGCUUCAUCAUACAGGAAUGCUUGACCUGGCAACACAAACUAAGUUCUCUUAUGUUACGAGUAACCGAGAACAAAAUCAAUCACAUCUAUCAAUAUAUCGCUGAAAAUACGAAAAAAAUAACGAAGGAAAUAACGGAUCUGAUCAGUAUGCAAUUCGCGAUGCAGUUGUUCGAGAGACUUAACGCCGAGAUUCCGAAGGAGGAGGCAGAAUUCCCUAAGAUCAUGGAGUUCUACGAAAUGUUGGAAAAAUACGAGGUACCGACAACGUUUGAAUUUAAAAGAAAGGUAAAAGACAUCGACCGAUCGUGGUCUGCCUACUUGGAGCUACUUGUUUCCUACGAAGUUAUUUUAUCCGAAAAGAAGGAAGAAUUCAGAAACAAUUUAUUCGUGGAUUUGUCUAUGUUUAACGAAAAUACGCAGUUAUUGAUCCGUAAAUAUUAUGAUACUGGACCGUUUACGUCAGACUGGCAAACAGAUGACUUACGUGAACAUUUUGAUUUCGUAAAGAUGCGUUCGCGUGGAUAA